GACUCAGCCAGAGGGAAAACUCGAAGGGCACUCCGCCGCCUGGCCUGCCCGACUCCCCGGGGAUGGUGCCCGGCGGGCCGCUCUGCCCAGCGCUCUUCCCCGAACCCCUCUGGCUCUGAAGGGGGUGCGUGGAGGGGACGCAGGAGACUUUUCCCACCGGCGCCAGGAACAAAGCGGAGCGAAGUUCCCCUCUGGCUUCCCUCGCUCGCCUGCGCAGGGAGCACGGGUCACCAUGACAGCCAUAGCAGCGCAGACCCAGUGGUUACUUACUCAUAGAAGACCAAAGAAAUCAUUCUUUGAGACAUUUAUCCGGGGCCUGAUUAUCCUCUGCGUUGCAAUUGCCAUUGUUCUAUUGUCCAUUGCAGUAUGUGAUGGCCAUUGGCUUUUUACAAAAGGAAAACUCUUUGGGCUGUGGCAUUUCUGUACCAUUGGAAGCAACAGCACCUUGAAAUGUACCACCGAUCUCUCUGUGACCAAUAUCAGAGGGAUAAGCAUAGGAAUGACAUUUGCAAGAAGUAUGGCGUCUUUUGCUGUUGUUGUUGCAAUCUUUGGCCUGGAACUUCUCAUGGUCUCUCAAGUCUGUGAAGACAUCAACUCAAGGAGAAAAUGGUCCAUGGGCUCAGUCCUCAUUCUUUUCUCAUUUCUGCUGUCAUCUGCUGGAGUGGUGAGCUUCCUAAUCCUUCUGAGGGACUAUAUCACUAUCACAAGUUUUACGUUAACCUAUUGGUGUGAAUUUAUUGCAACAUUCCUUUUCUUCCUUAAUGGAAUCAGUGGACUUCACCUUAACAAUCUAACCUUUCCAUGGAACAGAGUGAGAAAAAAUUAACAUGAUGAACAGCAGCUCAACCAAAUACCCUGAGAAUAUAUUGUUUGAGAAAGACACCAAGGGGGUUGUUUUUGAGGGGAAUUGUUCAGUUUUGUUUUGCUUAUAGCAUAAAAGAUUUCCAACAGCUUGCCACUUUCUAGAGGAUGUCUCCAAACUCAGUUGAUAAUGGAUGCUGAGUACUGGAAAUGGGAAAUUAUAACCUGUUGGGAUUUUAAAUAAUGCAUCUAACCAUAGUAAUGGAAUAGCAAAAAGUAACUUGCUUAAUUUAAAACUCAGUUCAUAAGGUUCAACGUCCUUAGUCCAGUUACAGUCAUUAUCCUUUAAGUGUCUCACUGAAAUAAAUAAGACAACAAAUCUCACUAUUUUCAACUGGGUUGGGUGGGGACCAAAUUCUGUAGCCAAGUGGAAUAAGACAAUGCUGUGUGAAUGUGUUUUGUUCUCACCCUACAUUUCCAUGUUUGUGUUCUUCAUAUCCGUAAUUAGGAUCACAAGAAACAUUUGUACUAUGCAGGGCAUAGGGCACUGCCAACUAGAACUUCUCUUUCAAAUAAACACAAAUAUUGCAUGUUCACAUGACCAGAUGUAAGCCACUAUUAAAAGCUAUGCUUAUUAUUUCUUUCAUUGGCAAAUAUGAUUUAUAAACCAUGCCAGCACUGUAUGCAUUUUCUAACGAAGUAAACUGGAUCCUAAGAUCCUUUACUGCUGAGAAGCAAGCUAUCCAUCUAAUAUAAUCUUUUAAAAAGAGUCCUGUGCUAUUGCAGUUUAAUGAAUGGCGGUGGAGAGUCCACCCCUUCCUGCAAGCUAGAAAUACUUUUUCAUAGAGACAUCUCAACUCCAUUGCUGUGAUAUUCUUACCACAGAGGAUGUAACUACAAAAUGCCCUGUUCAAUUUAUUCCUGCUUUUCAAAAUUACAGAAAAUUAAGUUUUUAUCCUUCUAAAAAGUACAUUCUUAGCUAAGAAUAUAGGGUCAACCCUAUCACCAUAGAUAGCAUUUGCUUGGAUAUAUAUAGUGGUAAAAGUGGAAGGAGACUCAUAUACUCCUUUUUUGACAUAUAGCUUGUAAGAUUGCCCUAAGACUUUCUUACAGUAUGAAUGAAACAAAUUGUAAAUCAGAUUUAGUGUAAGUUUAGAGCAUUCAUUCUCUAUUGUUCAGUGAUAACUUGUGUCCUUUAUUAUAUUCUGUAGUUUCAUAAUUUUUUACUAUAACAAUAAUGCAUUAAGUUCAGUAAACUGGGGACAGUUGUUGCUAUUUUUAAAAAUUUUAAAUGUUUGACUCCAUCCCUGUGGAUUUUCUACUUCUAAAUAUCCCAUAUUAUCAAUCCAAAUUUUCCAUUAUUGUCAACAAAAAAAUUCAGUAGCAUUAGAAAUGCACAGAUAAGAUGUCAAAUUGUCGAUGGAGAAAUUGCACUGAACCAUUGUUUUUGAAAGAACCACUGUAUUGCAGUAAAGCUGCAUGUCUGAUUGAAUUCUGAGUUCACUAAUUCUUAUUUAUACUUGUGUCUAUACAGCUGGCUGUAAGACUAUUUAGGAAUGCCCUACCUGUUCUUCUAAGUUUACCUCUAAAAUGUUUGAAGAAGUUUCCAAGCCAUCUUCAGCUAGGAAUAAAGAGUCAGUAUUUUGAUAGUCUAGACAAGCUUCCCCCAAUCUGGCGGGGUCGGAUUAAAUGCCAAACCCCAGCCAGCAUUGCAUAGGCUGCCUUGGGCAAUGGGAGUUGUAGUGCAAUAUAUUAAAAGGACCCCAAAUGGAAAGAAUGUGCUUGUCAAUUAAUUAUUUGAUUAUUCAUAUGCCAUGCUAACAUGCUACUUUAUAUGUUUACCAUGACCAAAAGAAGAUAUUCCAUUCACUGUCCCUUGGGAAGAUCUUGGCACUUCACUCAACUUGCAUUUUUAUUAUUACCUCUCAUGAAUGGUUAGGCUUUGCACAGUUGAAGAACAUGAGAUGUCACUACAGUGAAGUAUCUCCAAAUCCUUCCCAGGGUGAGGGAUGCCCUGAGAUUAGCAAAUCCCAUCUAUCUGUAUGGUUUUGUGGUCUAUAUAGAUUAAAUUGUAUGAAUCUGAAGGAAGAUACAUUUGUUUGAUUGGAGCUUUGAUGUUUUCACAUUGAGAAUAGUUUUUAAAAACAAUAGCUUUUUUUCCUCAGUUGCCAGAUGUCUAUCAUGUUACUAAUUUCAUUCAACAGCUUUCCCAACCAUCUUGUGAAGAAAUUUGAACUUGCCUUGAAAAAAAGAAUCUGCUAAAGAACUUAAGACAAACUCUGAUCUCUGUGGACCUUUCUAAAUGGUUAGCCUGCAAUACAACAAAUGUGAAAUUCUUCCAGGUUUCUUGGAUGAUAUACUGCUCGUGUCUGCUGUUGUAUUGUUUUCAUUUUUCUUGCACUGAUUAUUUCAUCCUUUGCCUGGAAUUUCAGCUCAUGUUCAAAAGGUUGAACACUCUCUUCUCAUGGGCUAAAUGAAUGGCCAUCAUCCUUGCCUUUCAAAAACGAUGGUUCUGAUUAAAUUUGGCCUUCAAAACUAUCCAGUUGCAGUACUUUAGAGACCACUUGUAAGCUGGUCAAAAGUUGAAAGAGCUAUAAAUACUAUUUACAGUUGACUCUUCUUUGUCCUAUUAAAGGCCAUUUGCCGGUAAAUGCCAGAGAGUGUUUGUUUAGGUGAUCUUUAUCUCUAAUAAUUAUUGUUUUAUUAAGUAAGUUAUAAUAUGUAAGCUUUUCUAAACUGUUUUCUACAAACUAUAAAAGAAAAUUGGAAGAUAUCUAGGAUCUGAAUGUCAAAUGUUCAAUAAACUACUUUUUAAAUGGAUAA